UUUGACAAACGCCCCUUGUGAGCGUUGCACUUGCAGCCGAAGGGGAGUCUGACUUUGCCAAUGAGUGGAAAUUCGGCACAACACUUGCGACACACACGCGCGCGCGCCUUAUACCGGAAAUUCCACUGCGCCAUCUUGUGCAACCUGCCAAUUGAGACAGAGACAUGUCUUCCGAGCAGUUUUCCGAGGUAGACGUACUACAAGCGAAGCUGUUGCAAAAUCUUGAAGAUGCUGGGGAAGCCAUAACCAGUUAUUUCAGUGAUGUCGCGAGGCUAGAAGUUAUGUCACGAAUAGAAGAGGUUACCGAAAAGAUAGUUAGCAGUUUAUCGAAGGAAGAAGCACCGGUCUUGGUCUUAAAAAGCCGUUCCCGGUGGUCCAACGUGAGAUUUAACGAGUCUGUUGGUCUGCACAUGACUGCGUGUGGCACUGUAUCAAUUCUACGAAGUGACUGCCCUUCAGCUGUAAUCAAGUUUGCACUGAUUUUGAAGGCCCUAUCAACAAUUUACAAACUUGUCCAAAGUGAUUCAUAUGUAACCAAAAGGGAUAUCUAUUAUAAUGACCCCCAGCUAUUUGGAUCACAGAAGACUUUGGAUGCCAUUGUUGAUGAUAUAUCAUGCUUGCUCAGAGUUCCUCGGCGGAGCCUACAUGUGUGUGCCACUACUAAAGGAUUAAUCUCUGGUGAUCUGUGUUACUUGGAGGAGGAUGGAACAAGGGUGGACUGUAGUUCCACUGCAGUUCCUGUGUCCUCUAGUGUCAAUGGGAUCAUGAAUAUUGUUUCAUCUGCAAAAUUUGUUCUAGUCAUAGAAAAAGAUGCAACUUUCCAGAGACUUUUAGAUGAUGAGUUUUGCACUCAGUUCUAUCCAUGCAUCAUCAUAACGGGAAAAGGUGUACCAGAUGUCAACAGCAGGCUAAUGGUGAAGAAACUAUGGGAGACACUGCACAUCCCUGUAUUUGCACUUGUGGAUGCUGACCCACACGGGAUCGAAAUUAUGUGCAUCUAUAAGUAUGGAUCAAUUUCAAUGGCCUUUGAAGCCCCCACUCUGACUGUCUCUUCCAUGCUUUGGCUGGGCUUGUUGCCUUCAGACAUUGAGAGCCUUGGAGUGCCACAGGAUGCUCUAAUUCCAUUAACUGAUGCAGAUGAAAGGAAGCUCAACCAUAUAAAGAAAAGACCUUACAUCACUUGCCAUCCUGCAUGGGAGAGGGAGAUGGAGCUCAUGCUGAGAUGGAAGCACAAAGCUGAGAUCCAGUCCCUUGUCUCUAUUGCUCCUCAUUUCCUCACUCGGGUGUACCUACACAAUAAGUUGUCUUAUGGAGGCUGGAUAUGAGUCCACACUGUUUUCUGCUGCACAUUUACCUGCACUGUAAUAAUUAUCUUUC